AUGGCUUACACUCAAACUCCCUCGCUCGCUCACUUCAAGCUCCCUGUUAUCGAAAACGAGCCUAUGCUCAACUAUGCUCCUGGUUCCCCUGAGCGCCAAAAGCUUGAAGCUGCCCUCGAGGAGAUGCGUGCUCAAGGUCCCUAUGAGGUCCCUGUUGUGAUCAACGGUGAAAAGAUCUACACCGGCAAGACCAACAAGCAACUCAACCCCUCUGACAAGAGUGUUCUUUGCACCUACCACGAAGCUGAUGCUGCUUUGACCCAAAAGGCUAUUGAUGGUACCCUUGCUGCUAAGGCUGCUUGGGAAGCUCUUCCUUUCAACGACCGUAUUGCUGUCUUCCUUAAGGCUGCCGAUUUGCUUUCUUCCAAGUACAGAUACAAGAUGAUGGCUGCUACCAUGUUGGGUCAAGGCAAGAACGCUUGGCAAGCUGAGAUUGAUGCUGCUGCCGAGUUGUGCGAUUUCUUCCGUUUCAACUGCAAGUACGCUGAAGAGUUGUACCAACAACAACCUCCCAAGAAUGCUCCUGGUGUUUGGAACCGUGUUGAGUUCCGUGCCCUUCCUGGUUAUACUUUGGCUAUCACUCCCUUCAACUUCACUGCCAUUGCUGGUAACUUGCCUGGUGCUCCCGCUUUGAUGGGCAACGUUGUUGUGUGGAAGCCAUCUCCUUCUGCUGUCUACUCCAACUAUCUUGUUUACCAAUUGCUUGAGGAAGCUGGUCUCCCCGCUGGUGUCAUUCAAUUCGUUCCAGGUCCUGCUGAGGAAAUUUGUGCUACCGCUCUUGCUAGCCCCGAUUUCUCUUCUCUUCACUUCACUGGUUCUACUCACGUUUUCCGUAAGUUGUGGAAGGAUAUCGGUAACAACAUCGACAACUACAAGAGCUAUCCUCGUAUCGUUGGCGAAACUGGCGGCAAGAAUUACCAUUUGCUGGGUACUGAUCUCGAUGCCUCUGGUGUUCGUCAUGCCGCCCUUCAAACCAUUCGUGGUGCAUUCGAAUUCCAAGGUCAAAAGUGCUCCGCUACCUCCCGUUGCUAUGUCCCCAAGAGCAAGUUUGAAGAGUUCAAGGGUCACCUUCUUGCUGAGCAUGCUAAGAUCACUCAAGGUCCUGUUCAAGAAUUCCAACACUUUAUGGGCCCUGUGAUCAACCAAUUUGCCUUUGAUAAGAUCAAGUCCUACAUUGAUUAUGCUGCCAACGAUGCUGAGUGCGAAAUCCUUGCUGGUGGCAAGUACGAUGACUCCAAGGGUUACUACAUCGAACCUACCAUCAUCCUUACCAAGAACAAGUUCACCAAGACCAUGGUUGAGGAGAUCUUCGGUCCUGUUAUCACCAUUUAUGUUUACGAGGAUGCUGAAUUUGAGGAGACUUGCAAGUUGAUUGGUGAGACUACCCAAUAUGCCCUUACUGGUGCCGUCUUUGCCAAGGAACGCCACAACGUUGUCAAGGCCUCCAACUUGCUUCGCAACACUGCUGGUAACUUCUAUAUCAAUGACAAGUCUACUGGUGCCGUUGUUGGUCAACAACCCUUCGGUGGUGCUCAUGCCUCUGGUACCAACGACAAGGCUGGUAGCUUUGCUUUGCUCACUCGCUUCGUCUCCAUGCGCUCUAUCAAGGAAAACUUUGUUCCUAUUGAAGGCUUUGCUUACCCCUCCAACCAGUAA